AUGUCUUCCUUGCAGUCCAUAAGAGAGGUGACAGGCUAUGUGCUGGUGGCCUUGAACCAGUUUGACUACCUGCCUUUGGAGAACCUGCGAAUCAUAAGGGGUACGAAGCUGUACGAAGGUCGCUAUGCACUUGCCAUCUUCCUCAACUACAGGCGGGACGGGUACUACGGAUUGAGGCAGCUGGGUCUUCGUAACCUCACAGAGGUCUUGAAUGGUGGUGUUUACGUUGACCAGAACAAAUUCCUGUGCCACGCGGACACAAUCCAUUGGCGUGACAUCAUCAAGAACCCCCAGGCGGAGCUACUGGUGGUCCCAUCUAACAACAGCAACCUGGGAUGUGAACGCUGUCAUCGCUCAUGUAAUGGAAGGUGUUGGGGUCCCCAGGAUGACCAGUGUCAAACCUUGACAAAGACUGUGUGCGCAGAGCAGUGUGACGGUCGAUGCUUCGGGCCGUACGUCAGCGACUGCUGCCACCGCGAGUGCGCCGGCGGCUGCUCGGGACCCAAGGACACAGACUGCUUUGCUUGCACCAAUUUCAACGACAGCGGUGCAUGUGUGACCCAGUGCCCGCAAACGUUUGUGUAUAGUCCCACAUCCUUUCAACUAGAGCACAAUCCAAAAGCGAAGUAUACCUACGGAGCCUUUUGUGUCAAGAAAUGCCCACAUAACUUUGUGGUGGACCGCAGUUCCUGUGUCCGAGCGUGUCCUAGCAACAAGAUGGAAGUGGAGGAGAACCGCAUCAAGAUGUGCAUUCCCUGCACGGACAUAUGCCCUAAAGUGUGUGACGGUAUCGGGACAGGCACCCUGCAGACUGCUCAAACGGUGGAUGCCAGCAAUAUCGAUAAGUUUGUCAACUGCACUAAAAUCAAUGGAAACCUCAUCUUCCUCAUCACUGGUAUUAAAGGGGACAUGUAUCAUGGUAUUGGACCACUGGAUCCUGAGCGACUGAAUGUGUUCCACACUGUGAAAGAGAUCACAGGUUUCCUCAACAUCCAAUCAUGGCCUGAGAAAAUGACCGAUCUGAGUGUUUUUUCCAACCUGGCAACUAUUGGUGGGAGAUCUCUUUACAGCGACAUCUCCCUGCUGAUCUUGAAACAACGCUGGAUCUCUUCGCUUCAGUUCCAAUCUCUGGAUGAGAUCAGUGCCGGAAAUGUCUACAUAUUCAAUAACAGCCGCCUCUGCUUCUACAAUACCGUCAACUGGACAUCGCUGUUCCGUACGCCGACCCAGAAAGUGCUUAUCCGCAACAAUCGGGAUCCGAAAGAAUGCACCCAGCAGCGCAUGGUGUGUGAUCAGAUGUGCUCUGAUGAAGGCUGUUGGGGACCAGGACCGGACCAGUGUCUCUCUUGUCGCUACUUCAGAAGAGGCCGCACCUGCGUUGAGUCCUGCAAUCUUUUUUAUGGGGAGGUGCGUGAAUUUGCCAAUGGAUCCGUGUGUUUGGAGUGUGAUAGCCAAUGCGAGAGGAUGGAUGGUAACGCCAUGACAUGUCUUGGUCAGGGUCCAGACCAGUGUGUGAAGUGCCUCCACUUCAAAGAUGGACCCAACUGUGUGGAGAAAUGCCCCGACGGCCUACAGGGAGCCAGCAGUUUCAUCUUUAAGUACGCCAAGGCCAACAACGAGUGUCAUCCCUGCCACGCCAACUGCACCCAGGGGUGCGUCGGCCCCAGACCGCAAGAUUGUGUUGGGGUGAUGGACAGGACGCCUAUCAUUGCCGCGGGAAUUAUCGGUGGCCUGUUCAUCAUCGUCAUUGUAGCACUCAGUGUUGCUGUCUACGUUCGGCGAAAAAGCAUAAAAAAGAAGAGGGCCUUGCGCCGCUUUCUGGAGACAGAGCUUGUAGAGCCCCUGACCCCCAGUGGAACAGCCCCCAACCAGGCUCAACUGCGCAUCCUGAAGGAGACAGAGUUGAAGAGGGUCAAGAUUUUAGGCUCUGGGGCUUUUGGAACAGUCUACAAGGGCAUCUGGGUCCCGGAAGGUGAGACGGUGAAGAUCCCAGUAGCUAUUAAAAUCUUAAAUGAGACCACGGGUCCCAAAGCCAAUGUGGAGUUCAUGGACGAGGCGCUGAUCAUGGCCAGCAUGGAACACCCCCACCUGGUGCGCCUACUGGGUGUCUGCUUGAGCCCCACCAUCCAGCUGGUCACCCAACUCAUGCCGCAUGGCUGCCUCCUCGAUUAUGUUCACGAGCACAAGGACAACAUUGGGUCGCAGCUACUACUCAACUGGUGCGUCCAGAUUGCCAAGGGAAUGAUGUAUCUGGAAGAAAGGCGACUGGUCCACAGGGACUUGGCUGCCCGCAACGUCCUGGUUAAAUCACCCAAUCACAUCAAGAUCACAGACUUCGGCCUAGCACGGCUGCUGGACGCUGACGAGAAGGAGUACAACGCAGACGGGGGCAAGAUGCCUGUUAAAUGGAUGGCUCUUGAGUGCAUCCACUACAGGAAGUUCACUCAUCAGAGCGAUGUGUGGAGUUAUGGAGUGACCAUCUGGGAGCUAAUGACGUUUGGAGGAAAACCGUAUGACGGCAUCUCAACGCGGGAGAUCCCAGACAUAUUGGAAAAAGGAGAACGUCUUCCCCAGCCGCCCAUUUGCACUAUCGAUGUCUACAUGGUCAUGGUCAAAUGCUGGAUGAUUGAUGCCGACAGUAGGCCUAAAUUUAAGGAGCUGGCUGCUGAGUUCUGCAGGAUGGCGCGGGACCCGCAACGAUACCUUGUUAUCCAAGGAGAUGAUCGGAUGAAGCUGCCCAGUCCCAACGAUAGCAAGUUUUUCCAGAGCCUUUUGGAUGAGGAGGACCUGGAUGAUCUGAUGGAUGCUGAGGAGUACCUGGUGCCUCGUGGUUUUGACGCAGCUCAUCCAUCUUACCCAACAAGACCUUGUGUCGACUCAAACAGGAACAAGUAUGGCUAUAGGGAAGGAGUGCCAAAACUUCCAGAGUGUCCUCUUUCAGCAACCCAGGCCAGUGUAAAACAGGAAGCCACCGGGAGCCAGGGAUCCAUCAUGGAGGACCAGCGCUGUAAUGGGAACUUGCCUAAGAAGAGUCUGAGCCAGGCGGGCGGCGAAGACAGUGGGGGACAGAGAUACAGCGCUGACCCCACCAUCUUCCUUGGGGAGAGAGCCUCCAGGGAUGAAGAUGAGGAUGGAUACAUGACCCCCAUGAAAGACAAGAGCUCUUCAGAAUACCUGAAUCCGAUUGAGGAAAACCCCUUUGUGUCACGACAUAAAAAUGGAGAGAUCCAUGCGUUGGACAACCCAGGCUACCACAGCACACCCAACAGUCAGCCCAAAGGAGAGGACGAGUACAUCAACGAGCCCCUGUACUUCAAUACCUUCCAUAGCGCCGCAGAGACCUUGCGAAGAAACGGUAAAGCCGCUGGGAAGAAGCUGAAGGUAACCUUUGACAAUCCGGAAUACUGGCAGCACAGCUUGCCACCCAAACCAUCUGACGGUACCCAGAGCGGGUCCGCCAAUGCUAAGCUCUUCUACAAGCAGAACGGACACAUAAGGCCAGCAGUAGCUGAAAACCCCGAGUACAUGUCUGAGUUUUCCCUGAAAUCUGGCCCAGUUCUGCCACCACCUCCCUACCGGCAAAGAAAUACUGUGGUCUAA